AUGAGUGAUGCUGUUACACUGACUGUAUCAUCAGAUAAACGACCGACAGUUUUAAGUGUUUCUCCACAGCAGUGGUUGACUGAAGGAGAUUCAGUGACUCUGGUGUGUGAGGUUAGAAGUUCAUCUACAGGCUGGACAUUCAGCUGGUUCACUGUACAGAUUAAUAAAGAUGAUUACCAGCUGGUGUCAAACAGCAGUGGAGGAUCUAAAGGCAUCUACACAGUGAGUUCAGUGACUGUGAAGCACACAGGAGUUUAUAUGUGCAGAGCAGAGAGAGGAGAUCCAGUCUAUCACACAGAGUACAGUAACACACAAACACUGUGGAUCACUGGUGUUUCUCGUUCAGUCUCUCUGAUCAUCAGACCCAACAGAUCUCAACACUUCUCAUCUGAAUCUCUCUCUCUGAGCUGUGAGGAUCACAGUAACUCUACCGGAUGGACAGUGAAAAGAUACACAGACAAACUGAAACCUUGUUCAUCAUCAGUCAGGAGAUCUACAGGAACAACAUCUACAUGUACAAUCAGUUCUCUCUACACAUCUGAUACUGGAGUGUACUGGUGUCAGUCUGAAUCUGGAGAGAAACUUCAUCCUGUUAAUAUCUCAGUACACUAUGAUGAAGUGAUUCUGGACAGUCCUGUUCAUCCUGUGACUGAAGGAGAUCCUCUGACUCUAUGCUGUUUAUAUCGAUAUAAAAACCCCUCUAACCUGAGAGCUGAAUUUUAUAAAGAUGGAUCAGUGGUGCAGAAUCAGACUACAGGAGACAUGAUGAUCAUCCCUACAGUCUCAAAGUCACAUGAGGGUUUCUACUACUGUAAACACCCAGAGAGAGGAGAGUCUCCAAAGAGCUGGAUCUCAGUCAGAGCUGCAGGAUCUUCAUCUCUUGGUCUUAUUGUUGGUCUGUGUCUUGGACUGAGUGUCAUGUUUUUGAUCUUUUUCUUUGUCCUGCUGUGGUGCUACAAAAACAAAAAACUCUCUCAGUCUCAGUCAGCUUUCAGUCCACAGCAGAACAUCAGUCAGACAUCAGAUCAAAAACAGACUGAAGAAAGUUACAGUAACCUGCAGACUGUGACUCAGGCCGACCACAGUGAUGCCAUAUAUUCACAGGCCAACUUCGAGAAAAACAAACUCGAGAGCAAAGACAAUGUAAGCGAAUCAGCUGAUCUCACCUAUGCUGAUAUUGAACUGAAACCUAAGAAAGAAAAGAAGAAAGAGAAGAAAGGGAAUAGCAGUGAAGAUGGUGAUACUGUGUAUUCUAAACUGAAGAAACCAGGAGGUCAAGUUGAGAUAAACUAAUAUUUUAAACAAAUAUAAACACAGCACCAAACGCAGCACUUAGUAUCUAUAUUCAGUAUCUAUUUUAGUCUUUUGCAUGAUUUACUUUUUUCAGAUGUUGCUUUUAAAUCUGUUGAUGUGACUUAUGUUCAGAUUAACUAAAAUACCACAGAAGAAAGAGGUGUCAACUAAUGCUUAAUAUUAUCAAUUCAAACAUUUGUGUGCAUUUGAUUAAAUACUUGCUUAUCUUUGAUUCUCUAUAGCAUUUAAUAGGUUUUUAUGAGGAGCUCAGAUGCAGAAGCUGCUAAACACCACCAAAUGCCACAACCUUUAAAAAAUGAGAGAAUGAUAUUAACCGAAUGCUCUCUGCACAUAUUAUAUGUUUAUCAAAUACUUGUCUUUCUUUCUUCAACGGCCUCAGGCCACUCAGAAAUACCGGUGUGUUGGCAGAAUGCAAUAAGAGUCUGAUAAAAAUGCUUAUUUACAAGAAAACAUGUCUGACGCACCAAGAGGGUUUGCGUCUGAGCUCUAUUGUUUUAUGUGAUUAUGAUUUCUGUGUGAAUAUUUUAAAU